AUGGAUUCUUUCAGAACUUCACCAAUAAAGACAGCCCUACAACAUAUGUCCGAGUCGGUAUUCAUGGUUCUAUGUGUUAAGCUUGGGACUGCACAACAGGUGGCCAUGAGGAGAGAUGUGGAGGAAAUCAGUAAUAUAGUAGUAAAUCAAGUGAUAAAAAGUAAAGAGGACAGUGAAAUGCGGAGUGGAAGUCGCAGAGAAUGUCUCGGAAUGGAAAGAUCAGAUGUGGAUUAUAUGAUCUGGCCAAAAAACCACUGUGUGAUCUGGGAAUUAUCUCAGUCUCAUUCGGAAUACAGAAAGAUUCAGUGUUCUGGAGGUUUAACUACAGGGUUUUCUGACUCCGUUCCACAUGGACCUUGUGUCAGUGCAUUCUAUGGAACACUUGAAUGUGAUUUUGCCUUCUGUUUUGCUAGUGACUUUUGGCCUCCAUCUGCCUCCUCAUGGAUAGACAGAUGCCACUCAUGGCCCCAGCCUCGUGUUGUUGAUAAUAUAGUUAAAAAUGGAUGUCACUUUGUAGCAAUAGGCCAUACACUAGGACAUCAUGUGCACAAUGAAUGGAGAAUUUCUUUCUCUUUUGCAGAACAUAAACUCGUGUGUGCUAUGAAUCACUGUCAAUUUUUAACUUAUGGCUUGCUUAAAUUGUUCUUAACAGAAAUAAUCAACAAAGGAAUAAGUGAUGAUGAUAAAUUACUGUGUUCCUAUCACAUGAAGACUGCAGUUUUCUGGAUGAUUCAACAGAAUACAUUACAACAUUGGUGUCCACAAACUCUACUGGAGUGUUUCUGGGUUUGUUUUAAACUCAUCCUUAAGUGGGUGUAUGAUGGGAUCUGUCCUAACUUCUUCAUUCCCCAAAACAACAUGUUUCUGAGUAAAGUCCAAGGUGAAGCACAACAUCAGCUAUUUUUAAGACUUCAUGGGUUGUAUGAGAAGGGUUUAGCAUUCCUGCUACACAUUCCCUCCAUUAGGUCUUGUAUUAUAAAUGUCUUUCACAACCCCCACCUCGAGCUCUCCAUCUGUACAGAUAAACGUACCUUGAUUUCUGAGAUCAAGUGUGAUAUAGAGUUAUUUGGGGAAAUAUAUAAACAAAACACACGUUCCACAUCAAACAUACAAAUCUGUAUGAAAUAUCUUCAUAUAAUAGAACAGAUGAUAGAAUCACCCCUCCUAACACAAUAUCAAGUCGUGAUGCUACAGAAAUUUACAGCUACUGUUCUUAAGAAAACAGCUUUUAUGUUAUACAUGGAACCUUAUACACAUAGAAAUAAAGUAAGGUUUAGAGCUGACAAAAUCUCCUGUCAUAUGCUGAAAUUAGCAGCCAAGUUUGGUUGUAUUUCUGAUCUGUCAUACAUAGCUAUGUAUUAUUACAACACACUUAGAUACAUGGAAGCUUUAUCUAUUAUAGAGAUGAUCAAGGUCAAGUUAGCACAGCCAUAUGUGAUGUAUAUGUUUCAUGUAAAUGUAGAUAUGUAUAUUGCGGCUGUAGGGGGAAAGUCCUGGUCUACAAAGAUUAGACAGGCUGUAGCUUGGUAUAUUAAACUUGACAAUAAACUCCAAUUUAUCAAUGAAUUAAUACCAGAACAAAUGUCUAAUCAAAAUGAUAUGCAAGGAUUACAUAUUCCACCAUUUGUUCUGUUAUACAUGCUAGAGAUCUUGUGCUACAGACAUGUAGACACAAUGAGGGUACAAACAGCUCUAGAUGAUCUACAAACCCUAGUUCACUAUGAUCAGGAUGAUCUUAUAGAUGUAAAACUCGGAGACAUAUCGUGGCAGAUUCUGGGGAUCUGUCAACAGAUUACAGGGAACCUCCAGGCUGCUCUAUACUCAUAUAAACAAUCUCUCAGACAAGAACCAUUUCAUAAAAUACAAACAGCUACAGAAAUGAGAAUAAGUCAGAUUAUCAUUAAUUAG